CUGGAUUUUACCGGCUGUUCCUGAAACAGCUUUACACACGAUGGAUCUCCACGUCCUUUUACAGGAAGUGCUCACGGACUGAGAUGGCAGACUUUGCUCCCCGGCAAAAUUGACGUGUCUUUCGGUUGAAUGUGACAUGUCUUUUUGAAGGAACAAGAGGCAGACAAGUUAUGCCAAAAAUAAAAGAGAAACUGGGAAGAAUUUAACUUCUGAACUAGAAGGUCACUCUUGCCAGCGGCCUUUGAGGAGGUUAAAGAACUCUUCUAUUCAUGGAGGCGAACGCUAAGGAUGCUUUCUACAUGAACCUUGAGUGAACCUCUGAUCCAUUUCCUGUGGAAAGAGAAGGGAGCCAACAUGAAGGAAAAUGUGGCAUCCACAGUGGUUUUCAUUUUGCUACUGUUUCUCAACACCAACCUUCUGAAUGGACAGUCACCUCCUGGAAAACCUGAGAUCUUUAAAUGUCGUUCUCCCGAAAAGGAAACAUUCACCUGCUGGUGGAAGCCUGGGGCAGACGGAGGAUUACCUACCAAUUACACGCUGACUUACCACAAGGAAGGAGAGAUAUUCACCCAUGAAUGUCCGGACUACAAAACCGGUGGUCCCAACUCCUGCUACUUUAACAAGAAGCACACCUCCAUAUGGACGAUAUACAUCAUCACAGUAAACGCCACGAACCAGAUGGGAAGCAGUUCCUCGGAUCCACGUUACGUGGACGUGACUUACAUAGUUGAACCAGACCCUCCUGUGAACCUGACUUUGGAAUUAAAACAGCCAGAAGACAGAAAACCAUAUCUGUGGAUAAAAUGGUUUCCACCCACCCUGGUUGAUGUAAGAUCUGGUUGGCUCACACUCCAGUAUGAAAUUCGAUUAAAACCUGAGAAAGCAGCUGAGUGGGAGACUCAUUUCGCUGGGCAGCAGACUCAGUUUAAGAUUCUCAGCUUAUAUCCAGGGCAGAAAUACCUUGUUCAGGUUCACUGCAAGCCAGACCAUGGAUUCUGGAGUGAGUGGAGCCCAGAGAGCUCCAUCCCGAUACCCAAUGACUUCUCAAUGACAGAUGCAACCGUGUGGAUCUUUGUGGCCGUUCUUUCUGCCGUCAUCUGUUUGAUUAUGGUCUGGGCAGUGGCUUUGAAGGGCUACAGCAUGGUGACCUGCAUCCUCCCUCCGGUUCCUGGGCCAAAAAUAAAAGGAUUUGAUACUCAUCUGCUGGAGGUAAGUCCAGAGAAGGGCAAGUCCGAGGAACUUCUGAGCGCCCUGGGGUGCCAAGACUUCCCUCCCACUUCCGACUGCGAGGACUUACUGGUGGAGUUCUUAGAGGUGGAUGACAGUGGGGACCAGCAGCUGCUGGCAGCUCACUCCAAAGAACACCCGGGGCAAGGCGUGAAGCCCACGCACUCGGAUCCCGACAGUGACUCUGGCCGGGGCAGCUGCGACAGCCCUUCCCUUCUGUCUGAAAAGUGUGAUGAACCUCAGGCCAAUCCCUCCAAGUUCCACACUCCUGAGGGCCUUGAGAAGGCAGAGAAACCUGAGACAAACGUUACCCAGCCCCAAGGCCCUCAGAGCACAAGCGUGGAAGGCAAAAUGCCCUGUCUUCAUGCCAGCGGAUCCCAAUCUUCAACGUGGUCUUUGCUGCAGCCCCCCGGCCUGCACUACUCCAGGUCAUCUUACCACAGCGUUGCUGAUGUGUGUAAGCUGGGCCUGGGCACGGCAGGUGCUGCAUCCACUUUGUUGGACAAAACAGACGCACGUGCUUUAACACCCUCACAAACCAUUGAGACUGGCGGGGAAGGAAAGGCAGCUGAGCGCGGGGAGUCAGAAAGCUUCCGUUCCAAGACCGACCAAGAUGCGGCACGGCUGCUGCCCCAGGACAAGACCCCCUUGACCUCUGCUAAACCCUUGGAGUACGUGGAGAUCCACAAAGUCAGCAAAGAUGGAGCGCUGGCGCUGCUCCCGAAACAAAACGAGCACAGCGGCCGGGCGGAGAAGACCAGCACCCCUGAAACCAGCAAGGAGUACUCGAAGGUGUCCCGGGUGAUGGCGAGCAACAUCCUGGUGUUGGUGCAGGAUCGGCGAGCGCAAAACCUGGCUCCGUUUGAAGAACCGGCCAAGGAGGCCCCGCCAUCCCUGCCACAGAAUCCAGCCGCGGUAGACCUGGCCUCCUUCCCCGCGGCCCCGAGCAGCUGCAGACUCCAGCUCGGUGGGCUGGAUUACCUGCAUCCCACAGGUUUUAUGCACCCCUUUCAGUGAGAGCUUGAUUCAUGGAAGGAUGGGUUAAAAUGUGAUUUUCCUUCAGGUAACACUACAGAGUACAUGAAAUGCACUCUACCAGAGAAGGCUUGAGAACGGGGUUAGAAUGACACUACCAAACUCCCAGGUCACUCGUCUUCAUGAUCCAUUUUCAACCAGUUGCCUCUUUCUCCAACAGUUGAUUCCAGAACAAAUCGUUUAGUUUCGUGUGAUUUGUAGAGUUACGUUUUGCUAUCAGUUACAAAAUUAUGUGUUCAAUGAAAUAAAAGCACAUUGCUUAGUAUUCUUGAGGGACAGUGCCAAUAGGUGUAUCCCCUGGAACAGGCUUUCAUGGUCUGGUAUACGACAGAAGGAUAUCAACUAGUCAAAACUGUUUACCACAGGAAGAUGGUAGAUAUGAGAAAAAUGCCAUGAAAACCACUUUUGAAGACCAAUUGCUUAACCUUUAGCACUCCUCUCUCAUUUUAUUAGGAUUAACCAAAUUAAACACAUUUUAAAAAAAGAGUGCAUUCUAGAACACCUGACAAAUUGUUUACAUCCGUUCCUAUUACCUUAAUGAUGCAUUGCCAAUAUGCAAAUAAAAAGGAUGCC